AUGAACGACGACGACAUGCGCGGCCGUGACGCGGAUGGCACUGCUCGGCAGUCGCCAGUGGCCGGGUGUUGCUGCGAGCGACACCACUGGCAGGUUGAGGUUAGCAGGUGUUCUCCUGCACGAACUGUGCUCCCACGGGGGUGGCCUAAUGGCUCGGUACCUCCUCCGUCGUCGGUCGUGGGAACCUACCAAGCAAUUACGGAGUACUGCAAGUACUCACUCUACCACGGCAGGUUGCAACAAACGGCUUGGAUCGCCUCUCUCGCUCGACCUGGACUGGGCUCUACCCUCGUCUCGUCUCGUCCCGUCGACUCUCCCGCAUCUGCAUCUGCAUCUGCAUCCGCAUCCCAACCAUCCCCCUUCUCCGGGCCGUCGCUCUUCCCACCCGCCUCCGCCUUCCCAUCAUUUGCCCUCGUCCGCUUCUCCUGCGCCGCACCUCUCGAGGCCCUGGCUCGUGUAUUGAUUGAUACAGUAUUCCACCGUGCCGCACGUCUGUCGUCUCCGCCGAAUCCCCUGCCCCUCCUUCGGACGACCUGCGACGGGCUGCAUCCGCUCGCUGGCCCUCGAGCGAACUCCAGCCGACGGACGGGACCCUUCUCGAGCGCCCGACUUCGUCCGUGCUUCCUCGCCGGCCGACGGCCAUCGACCGGCCUGCCUCCCCACGGCACGGAUCCCCUUGUCGAAUCGAUCGCCGAGCUGCUGGAGCCUCCCGUCAUCGCCUCGUCCUCGCCUCGUCCUCGCCUCGUCCUCGCCUCGUCCUCGCCCUCCCCCUCCCUCUCCGUCCCUGUCCCCCCUCGGCCCCUCGUCUCCCCUCGCCUCGUCCCGGCACCUUGGGCGGCACCUCGUCGUACUCCCCCCCCCCCUCUGCCGGCUCCGUGCUCGACCGUCAGCUGGUCCGGACGUCUCGUGGAUGGCCUGAUUCUGCUUCGUGACACAUCCGCAUCACGUCAACGCCCGACCGCCAUCUCGUCUCUCCUUCGGCCGUCCUCUCCCCACCCUCCUUUCGAUCAGUAUCUUCUACUCCUGCGCCGGCCCCGUGCCAUGCGCCCGGGCAAUUAA